GUUGUCUUAAUGACUUAUGCCUUCUGUUGUGGUUUUUAGUAGUAUAGUAGUUUGUAAAAUAUUAUAUUGAUAUUGAGUUGUGAUUUUCAUGUUUUAUAUUUAUAUUGAUUUGAAUGAAGUAUUGUUCUGAAAAUUAAUCAAAUAAUUCAGAAAGUUUGUAUUUGAAUGAAAAUGGAUAAAGCCGACGAGAGCCAAAAAAAUGAUGUACCCAUGGAAAAUGCACAACACCAACAAUGGCCAAAAAAGAAGAAGCCCGAUUUGAGUUCCCUACCAACUCGGCAAUAUCUAGAUCAAACAGUUGCACCGAUCCUUUUACAUGGCCUACAAACAUUAGCUCGGGAAAGACCUCCAGAUCCAAUAAGUUUUUUGGCUGCAUAUUUGUUGAAACAUAAAACCCGCGUUGAUGAAGCUAUGACCGACGGAUCGUAAAUAAGAAAUUAAAAAAUUCUUCAUUUGUUAUUCACAAUUAUCUCGAUUUAAAUAAAAAUCAAUAUUGUUUACCUUUAUUUUGUAAAGAUUUAAGAAAUCUUA